AAUUGUUAUAUAUAAUUAACGAUGGAAAACCCAAGCUUAUUUUUAAAUUAUCUUCUAACUAUUAACAAUAAUUUCCGUUUUUAAUUUGAUUCCCAAUUCAUUUCAACUGAACAUCACAAACGAAGAAGAUGAAACUUAAGAUUAUAAUCUUCUUAAUAACUGGCCUCAGUUGGAUUGGAACAAUUAACUGUGAUUACUAUGGAAUGGGAUUUCCUAAUCAAGCCGCUAAUUCCGUUGGCGAUCAAAUUGUUUACAAAAAGAUUCCAUUCCAAUAUUUGGCUUCCACUCACGGAAUUAAUUUCCCUAAUUACUCUGGUUCUGGUGGAGCAAUUAGGAAAUACUAUGGACAAUUAGCACCUUUUCAUCAUGUUGAUCAUCCACCUCAUCCAGUUAACUAUCAACCAAAUUAUUCUUAUCUUCAUCCCAAGCGAUUGAACAACGAAGGUACAAUUAAUCACGAUCACUCUGGACAAUUAACUAAUCAUAAUGAUUCCAAUCGAUCACCAGCUAUUCUUGGAUUACGAGUUAAUAGAUUAUCCUGGUUAAGAAGACCUCCAAGAAAGGGAUUAUUUGACAGAAUUUUGGGUUAAA